GUCUUCUUCUGUUACGUUCUGCAACACGUCCCCGAACGGCCCGGAGAGCAUUCCCACUAGGCGGAAGAGAAUGCGGUUUCCCGCCAGCUGCAACCGCCACCACCAGUCAGAGCAUUGAGAUCGCGCGCCGUACCUUAUCGAGUGGUUCCUUUUUAUCCCUCCUAGCCCCCAAUGAUUCGCAUCUUUCAGAGGCUAGCUGCCUCUGCCGGGAGCUCGCCCUUCUUUCUCCGGACCGUAGCACGGGUUUCUCUCUUGAUACUGCUUCUCUCAGUCGUCUACCAGUAUUUCGUAUUCGGUCAACAUGAUCCCUACAAGUGCAACGCUUUGCUCUCCAACGGCACCUGGCGCUCGCGGCCCGGCUCAAACUUGCCGAGAGACGUUUUUUCGAGAUGGGAACCCGCCAAUUGCAGGAUGCGCGAGAUGUCCCGCGAGGAUGUCUCAGGCUGCUUCUCCGGUCGUCACCUGGUUAUCAUUGGAGACUCGACCAUGCGCCAGCUCUACUUCGCUGCCAUGACACGACUUGACCAUCAUGUUGCCGAGAAAGCCAUUCUUGACUUCGCCGUGUCAGAAGACAAACAUCAAAACCUAACAAAGGAUGUUGAAGGCGUCAAACUUGAGUUUAUUUGGGACCCUUGGCUCAACUCCACCAGUCUCCAUAGCCAAUUGGCUCGAUUCAGGGACCGCCCCAGAUCCGCCGAUUACGAGAAACUCGUUCGACAAGAGGGAAGAGAUUCACCAGCGCUCAUCGUCCUCGGUACCCCAGGUCUGUGGGCGGCCCGUCAGGGCGGUGACCGGUACUUGGAGCUCUUCAGAGAAGGCAUCAACGUCCUCAUGCCGUACCUGCGCAAGAGCAUCGACGAAUUGAUGGUGUACCCCCAGAGCAACUCACAGUCAGCCUUUGAAGAGCUCUCGAACCAUGUCCUUAUGGCACCCGUGCCUGUCCCAGCCUACGAUAUGCUUACCACGUCCCGCGCGCGAGCCAUCACUCCCAAGAGGAUUGACGCCAUGAACUGGAACUUGGAGCACCUGGAGCUGAACGAGCACUCGCACAUCGCAUGGGCCUACAAUGGCAUGACCGAGGGACACGACGACGCUAUGCUUGAGGAUGGUAUCCACUCGGUCGACAUUGUAGCAGAGAGAAAACUAGAUGUCGUCCUCAAUGCCCACUGCAACGCCGGUCUGAUUAGACGAGAAUACGCCAACCAGGUCACUUGCUGUGUGCCGUAUCCCCCUCUCCGUCGGAUUCAGCUUCUGCUGCUUGGUCUCAAUGUGUUGACAAUGCCAAUCCUGUUCUUGAGUCGGCAGCAGGAUGCUUUCCCGUCUGCCCGAACGUCCCGCUUCAUGGAUACUCUUUUGGCGUUGGCUACCAUGCUGAUCGUUGCGGUAUACUGCCUUAUGGCCGACCGGACUCACAUCUUCGCGAAGCAGGACAAGUACUUCGACAUACCCGACUUUAUAUCACCGUUGGUUGGCCUAGCUAUUUUCGCAGCGCUGUCAAUUCGUUUCAAAGCACCCGUCUUGUCGUCGGCGAAAGGGCUGACUACGACGUCCUUUCUGUCCCGGGAGCAAACAGACGAAUGGCGAGGCUUGAUGCUGGUAUUCGUCCUACUGUACAAGUACCACACGGCAUCCGAGUCCUUGGCGAUGUAUAAGGUACACAAGUUCCUCAUGGCGACCUUCAUCUUCUUGUUCAGCUACGGUCACACGAUGUACUUCCUCCGCACCGAAGACUUUUCGCUGCGCAGGGUCGCGUAUGUGUUAGGUCGGCUGAACCUGCUAACCUGCCUCAUCGCCUUCAUGGUAUCAAGCGAAUGGAUCAUCUACACUGCACCGCUGUUGACGUUUUGGUUUGCUGUCGUCUACACAACAUUGGCUUGUUUUAAGAAGUCCAACAGCAACCCUGUUGCAUUCUUCGUAAAGGUUGUUGUAUUUGCUGCAGGGACUUCGUACUUGGUACAAAGCACCCGUACACCUGAGCGUUUUCUUUUAAUGCUCAAACGGACUUGUGGAAUUUACUGGGACGUAAAUAUCCUGCGCGCCCACUUUGCCAUGGACCGCUUCAUCCCUUACUUUGGCAUAUUUACGGCGGCUGCUACGCACCGAGUCUCAGUCCUCAGGCGUCGUCAGCAUGGCAUCAACGGCCAGGCUUCCUUCGAAAAGAUCAACAACGCACUUGACCGUGGGUUGUUGGAAAUCACGUAUCCAGAACAAGACGCAAUUCCGGUGAAGCCGAUAAUGACCCUUUUCGCCGUUGCGUAUCUCAUCGUUUUCGUCAUUCUUGCGUUCAUCGCCGAGGUAUACCACAACAACCAGUCUUACGACACCUACCACCCGUAUACGAGCCCCUGGUUCGUGCUGUCGGCCAUCAUUACGAGGAACUCUUUCCGGAAGUUGCGAGAUCUUCAAAUACCGCCUGCGGCAGCUCUUGGAAGGAUGUCGCUUGAAGCCUACAUUCUGCACCAUCACAUAUGGCUUGCGAGUGACGGAGCUGGAGUUUUGAGGAUUGGAAGCGGAGGCCGCCUACCGAGGGCAGCUGAAGUAACCAUCAUUGCUACUGUCUUUCUUUGGGCCUGUAACAGAUGCCAGAGUGCUACUGGCCGUAUUGUUCAAGGUUUGACAGGAGUAGAGGAGAGAGAGCAGGCCGAAGAAGUCUCGUUGGGUCGCACCCUGCCGGUUAAGGACGGUAAGACAAGUCCUGUCCCAUGGCGGUCGGCAGCAGCAAUGGAGAAGGCGACAGAAAGAGGAAGGACGAAAGGCUCUUUUGUGUCAAACAGUGCCUUGCGGCUGAAGUUUGUGGGCUUCCUGGCUUUGCUGUGGCUUGGUAAUAUGACUUAUGGCGUAUGAUGGGCAUUGUACGACAAUUCCGGGUUGGAACCGAACAUUCCCUCGACCCGGAAUGACGCAAGGCAAAAUUUCAGUAUUAAUGAUUACACGA